AUGCAGUCAAUGCAAAGACAGUUUGGCAAGCUCUUGAACAAGGGCCCCGGAGACAAUGCCAAAGUGUCUGUUCUCCUGAAGGAUUAUGAGGAUGCAGACAAGGUUCUUGCUACGCUGAUUGAGAAUGCUCGUGCAUGGAGAGACUCGUGGGAUUCCCUGAUCAACUCGCAACACAACAUGGUGGUUGAGUUCGAGGGCCUGUAUGAUCCCAUUGUGGGAGCCACGGAUGGCCAUGGCCGUGAGGCAGCACCGACCCCUCAGUUACAGCUAGAACGCACUCUCCGUUUGAAGGAAACGUAUGGCGACCUCAAGACAGAACUGUUGCAAGAGAUUGUGGCCAUUGAGGAACGGAUUCUGAGGCCGGCAACGGAUGCUCGGUCCUACAUCACCCCCAUUCGCAAGACGAUCAAGAAGCGCGAGAACAAAAGACUGGACUACGAAAAGGUCCAGGACAAGACGCUGAAGCUCCAACGAAAACCCGGACGCAACGCCAAGGAAGAUGCAUCUCUUGCAAAGUGUCAGGAUGAGUUAUCUCGUGUGGCUGAUGAGUUCAACAUAGCAGAUGAGCACCUCCGCCAAACGCUGCCCCCUAUUGUCGAGGCGACCUUCAGCAUCGUCCCUCCCCUCCUCGCUGCUCUGGUCCUCAUCCAGAACAGGCUUCUGGGCCUCUAUUACACCACCCUCCACAACUACUGCGAGGACUCCAACUUCCCCUCGCCGGCACCCCCAAUGGAAGACGUGAUUGCAGUCUGGAACGCCGCCUGCAGCCCCGUCCAAUCCCAAAUCGAACACAUCAGUUUCAUCCGCCACAAAGGCGGCUACACCCAACCUCCACCUUCCAACGGCUACAGGCGCACGCCUUCUGGCCUCAUCCCCAGCACCAACAGCAGCAGCAACAGCCUCCAACCCCGCCCCAUGCGGAUCCCAUCAUCUCACGCCCUCAAACCACCCUCUCCCUCCCGAUCCCCGGCAACAACACCCCCUUCGUCUUUCAGCUCCCGCCGACCGGAAUGGGCCAACCCGACAGAAUUCACCACGGCGUCUCACCUCGGCGGAGCGAAUAUCGAUCGUUCAAAGCCGGCCCGUGAGCGGUCUGUUUCGCCAAAUCCAGCGGUGGGAAGUAUUAUGGUCAACGGGGGGUUGGUGGUGAAGAAACGGCCUCCUCCUCCACCGCCGCCGAAGAAGCCCGCGUUGGUGCAGGAGCAGUGGGUUGUCGCGCUGUACCCGUUUGCUGGGCAGGGGCAGGGAGAUCUGAGUUUUGAUGAAGGGGAGCGGAUCAAGGUGGUGACCAAGACGCGGACGGACCAGGAUUGGUGGGUGGGGGAGUUGAGGGGGGUUAGGGGGAGCUUUCCGGCGAAUUAUUGCCGGCCUGCUUGA